GUGUGUAACGUUGUGGUGCCGAGAGUCAUGUCUCUCCCCUCUCCCCUCCAGGACCGUGAGGAAGGGAAGCCGCUGCUAAUCCCAGUCAGCAACCCGCCCAGUAAAUCGGCUGGGGGGGCCGACCACACCUACUCCAGUAUUCCAUCCUCCCGGUUUCCCGAUGAACAAGCUCUGCUCAACACUAUCCUCACCAAGACAGCGCAUAACAUCAUCGACGUGUCGGCCGCAGACUCGCAGGGCAUGGAGCAGCACGAGUACAUGGACCGGGCGCGGCAGUACAGUACGAGGCUAGCGAUGAUCAGCGGAUCGGCCCAGGGUAAGCGAGCGAGCACCCUGCCUACGUUAACCAACCAGCCCCACCAGGUGUUGGCCAGUGAACCUGUGCCCUACUCGGACAUCCAGCAGGUGUCUAAAAUCGCUGCCUACGCAUCAAGUGCACUUUCUCAGAUCAAGGUGGAUGCCAAGGAGGAGCUGGUGGUCCAGUUUGCCAUCCCAUGACCUCCCGUCAUGGAGAAACCCACUCUGUGAAGACUCUAACACUGGGACUAACUCUCCACAGACCAUCCGCCCCGACAUCUCACCCACAAACCACCCCCUAUAUAUUUUUUUAAGUUAAGCUUGUUUGAAUUUUUCCAUAUUUCCAUUGUUUUUUAUUUUUUUGUUUUUCCCCCCCCGUGUGGUUUUUGACACAGUGGCAGACUUUACGAAACACUUCACCCGCUUUGUAAUCAGCGCCGCGGCUUCGAUGCUCUGCCGCUGUUCCGUGACGAAGGACGUGUCCGCUCCUCCAGCAGCCGUCCGUCUCGGACAGAAUUCAUCGGCUUUCUCUGCCCUGACGUUUCGUGUCGAACCUUGCCUGCUUCUGGUCUGUUUUUUUUUUUUUGCAUUUUGUAUCCUAACAACAACGGCGUUUCUGAGGAUUUGUGAAACGCCAGAUUUCUGCUGAGCGAUGAUUGUGUUUUUUUCUCUCUCGCCCCUUAUCUCGCUGGGGGGGGGUCUGGACUCAUGAGGCGUGUUGGCUGGUGUGAGUUGCUGCAUUACCGCCCCCUUGCCUGUUGUGUGUGUUUGUGAGUGUGUUUAUUUGUGAGUGUGAGUGUGUGUGGGUGUUUGGGUUGACUGAGUGUGAUGGUUUGUGUGCCUGUACGUGUGUGUGUAAGCCUGCGUGUCCGUAGAUUCGCCCGGGCCCAGCGUCGGGCUAAGCUGAGCUGGAUUGUGAGUUUUUGCCUAGGCCUUGGGGGACUCGUGUUUGUGAACGGAACGGUGAGGAGGUGGGAAAUCCGUUGCCCAUUGAGGUCCGAAUUCCUCGCACCAGACGGUAGCAAGGAGGCCUCGACUCCUGGCAAGGCCUGAAUGUCCCGCUGUGGGAUUCCACACUGGUAUCACUGUUGGUGUUCACCCUCCCUGCCCACCCCCCCCCCCCUCCUUCCAGGGAAUGUUGGAGGUCAGAGUGCAACCAGAGGCUGAACUCUGACCUUUUUUAAGUUAAUAAAUCACUGGCUCGACCAGUCAGUCGCUGGUUCCGACCACAGAUGAACCGAUGUACAGAGCUGGCCAUUAGUUAGCUCCAGCAGUUCCACGUUCAUGUGACCAGUAACAUGAGCCAAGCCUCCGCACCCAAGGAGCGCUGAUUGUAGCUCAGUCUCUUGUUUAAAAUAUAUCAGUCUGAGGUUUGCUUUAAACAAGCCCGCAUUACACAACUGACUGUCCCUCGAACUUCCCUCUCCUCCCAACAAGUAGUAUUAGUUUUGAUGUCAAUCAUUUAAUGUUUAAUUUAGUUUAGCCCAGCACAGGCUCACUGGUGUCUGGCUGAGACAAUGAUCUGAUUUUUGUUAAUUCACUGCGCCCCUCCUUUACAAAGUAAUUUCACCCCAAACUGGGACUGGGGGGGGGGGGGGGGGGGGGGGUGGAAGAGAUGAUUACCCUGAUUCUUAUCUCACUCAUAUAAUUAUGUGGCUCCUUUACACCCACCUCCUCACUGCUCCCCUUUCACAGCUGAUCACUCUUAGCAAAUGUUUAAUUGAUCGUAUUCUUGUGUUCCCCUCUCCCCCAAUCUCCACCGCCCACCUCGCAAACUAGAUGUGAAUGCACAGUCGACACAGUUUGAGAGGCUACGUGACGUUUUACUUGUGCUGUUCUUUCACAAACAAUCAGUGGUGUUAAACAUUUAGCGGAGGAAUGAUGGGGUGUGUGGGGUGGGGGGGGGGGAGGCGUCUCCAGGUUUGAUGUGAGGUCGUCGCCACUCAGCGGUCAAGGAAAAAUAGGUGCAGGGGGAGGCCAUUCGGCCCUUCGAGCAAUCACCUUGCUGUUUUUAAAGGCCGUCUCCAGCGACUAAUUUAACUCUACACAAGCCUCCACACAGAUGCUUCACGGCGACUUGAGUAUCACUUCCCCCAAGGUGGGUGGGGGAGGGGGGGGGGGGGGGACAAUGGGGUGAGGUCUGCCGGUCUGUGCACAAAGCUGUCUCUCCCCCAACCCCAGCCAGAGAAUAGGCGUGCAGACACCGCCUGCUUUAACCAGCUCACCCUCCGCGUUCUUGCCCCUCUCCCUCGCUCGCUCCAGCUCAGCGGAAGAGAUUGUCACCUCUCUUUUUUUGCUUCACCCUCGCUCCCUCCCCUCCCGCGGUAUUUUAAUUUAACCCGUGUGUGUGUGUGUGUGUGUGUGGGCGAUGUCAGUGUGAGACGCAGCAGCUCGUAGCUUCAGCAACGUUGUCCUUUCAAUCAAUUUCAUAGUGGUGUGAUUGUGAUUUUUUUUUAACUGAAUAAAAUCAGAUUUCACUGUGA